AGAGCACUCACGGUACUAGGAGGUUGCAUUCAUAUUUUCGUCUCUUGUCGGGAAGAGAACUUCUCGUUGGGUUCGGGUGUGGCGACGGCUUAACAGAAAUAAAUCAAAACAAGAAGGCAGGAAAUUAGCACCAUAGGCUACAUAUCAGCUGAGCAGGUUGGCAGCUCCGAAUAGAAAGAGCUGGAGGAAAGAUACUACUGGAAAACAUUUUUACCUGUAAGAGUGGCAGGCAGGCGGACCACAUUUUAUGCUCUUUGGUAUCUGAUUUUACCACUAAGCGCUGCCCUGCAGCUGGAACACGCACUCCAGUCGUUCGACACACUUCCUAGUUAUCUCAUUGCGCGCUCGUAAGAAACUGAUCGGGGAACUUUUCUUAGUCUGGAUGUGACUUCAAUAUAAGUUAUUACCUGUCAGCUUGUGUUUAAUUUGUCAAAGGUUAUUUUUUAUUUAUUUUUUUGGAUGCCUGGAAAAUUUAUUUUAUCACCUUUUCAUUGAGAGUGUUCGGUGAGUUUCUGAGAAGGGUCGAUCGAUGGGGCAGUAGCCUACAUCGCUGCCACAGAAAUAGGAGAACUGAAAAUAUUGAAAACGACGUGGGAAAUUCUGAACGGAUUUUUUCGUCUUUACAGUCGCGUGGCACUGUGAAACUGGAAAACCGUAUUUUUUGUUUUCCUUUCUUUGAAUAAGCUUAAGUUGCAUACGCACGCUUGAAAGAAGACCAAUUGGCAGACGAGCGCUGCUGUUGCACCUGGAACAUCUCAGAAACAAUCAAUCUAGUGUAUACGUCCCAGUUUCCAACCAUUUCCUCAAGAUAAGUCGUAAGACCGCGCGUGGUCUUGGAACCAUGGGGUGUACUGUAAGUGCUGAAGAUAAGGCGGCCGCCGAGAGAUCAAAAAUGAUUGAUAAAAAUCUUCGAGAAGACGGAGAGAAAGCUGCAAGAGAGGUUAAGCUGCUGCUAUUGGGUGCUGGCGAGUCGGGGAAGAGCACCAUUGUGAAGCAGAUGAAGAUCAUCCAUGAAGACGGCUACUCAGAGGAUGAGUGCAAACAGUACAGAGCGGUGGUCUACAGUAACACCAUACAGUCCAUUAUGGCCAUCAUCAAAGCCAUGGCUAACCUCAAGAUCGACUAUGGUGACGCUGCCAGAGCGGACGAUGCCCGCCAGCUCUUCGCGCUGUCUGCCGCUGCAGAGGAGCAGGGCUUGUUGCCAGACGACCUGUCCAAUGUAAUCCGGCGGCUGUGGGCUGAUAUCGGGGUUCAGGGCUGCUUCACCCGCUCCCGGGAAUACCAGCUGAACGACUCCGCUGCAUACUACCUGAAUGACCUGGAGAGGAUAGCCAGACCUGACUACAUCCCCUCACAGCAGGACGUGCUGCGGACAAGAGUCAAGACCACCGGCAUCGUAGAGACACACUUCACCUUCAAAGACCUGCACUUCAAGAUGUUCGACGUGGGUGGCCAGCGCUCGGAGAGGAAAAAGUGGAUCCACUGCUUCGAGGGCGUGACCGCCAUCAUCUUCUGCGUCGCCUUGAGCGCCUACGACCUGGUGCUGGCUGAAGAUGAGGAAAUGAACCGAAUGCACGAGAGCAUGAAGCUCUUUGACAGCAUCUGCAACAAUAAGUGGUUCACAGAGACUUCCAUCAUCCUCUUCCUCAACAAGAAGGACCUGUUUGAGGAGAAGAUCACCCGUAGCCCUCUGUCAAUCUGCUUCCCAGAGUACUCAGGAGCCAAUAAAUAUGAUGAAGCAGCCAGCUACAUACAGACCAAGUUUGAGGACCUGAACAAAAAGAAGGACACCAAGGAGAUCUACACCCACUUCACCUGCGCCACUGACACCAAGAACGUGCAGUUUGUCUUUGAUGCUGUCACUGAUGUCAUCAUCAAGAACAACCUGAAAGACUGCGGCCUCUUCUAGAGCAGGAGCAGAGGAGGACAUGCCAGGGAUUACUUGAACAGCUGUAAGGACCGGAAGGGAGGAGAGGGAACCGACCAUGACAGACUGCACUGGCCAACGACCGAAUCUUGCUUCUAUCUGCUUUUAUAAAGAAAAAAGACUGAGAACUGGGAAAAGCCUUGUAGAAUCUGAACAAUUGCUGGUUCCCCAACCACCAUGUAUUUUCCUUCUCGUGAUUUUUAUGGUUUUUCGUUAUGUAUUGGAUAUUUAAUUUCAAAGGGGAUUCCAUGUUUUAUUACUGUUAAUUCCUUAGGCUGAGUCCACAACUCAACAUUUAUUUUAGUUGUGUCCUUUUUUGUUUUUGUUUUUCCUUUAUUUUUAAUUAUUAGACAAGGCAAAAAGAGAGAGAAAAAAAACUUUUUUUAUAUGAAUGCAUUUACUUUACUUUUAAAUCUGAUGUGCAAAUUUUAUGAAACUUAAUUGCAUAAAGCUUAUUUUUUAAAAGAAACCUGGGCAUGAAUUGAGAAAAUGGAUUGAAAGGAAAGCGCUUUUUUCAUUAUGUUUACAUGAGUCCACAUUCUUAGCUUAACUUCAUAUUACGCUGCAUGACUGACAAUAGUUGGCUAUACUGUAAUUAGCUCUGUAACCUGCCAUAAAAAGUGUAACAUUCCUUUAGAAAAAUGAUGAAAACAGACAAAAAAUGUACAAAAAAGAAAAAUAACAAAAAAAGAAUCUUCGUACCAGGGGGGAGAAUGGUGAGAGCAAAAAGAUUUUAACUGGUAUUUUAGAUAAUCUGACUUUAUUUUGUUUUAUAUCGUUCUAUUCCAUGUCUACUUUGGUAUGUAUUGUGCCUUCACGUCUGUUUACAUCUGACCUAGAGUUGCUUUCAUUUGUAGAACUGUCUUAGGCCUAAUUCUUUCUUCCAUUUUCUUCAUGACCGAAAAACAAGGUAAAAUAGUAAUGAUGAUUAUGACAGACAAAUCUAACACAGGAAAAAGAAUAGUGUUUUGGUAAAUAUUAAAAUGCUUUAAAGGUCAUAUAAUGAUUUAAUUUAAAUAAAAGUUGAGUCACUAGA